AUGGCCGACACCACCCCCACCCCCACUGCCCGCCCCGCCCGCCCCCCACUACCCCAACUCCUCUGCCCCCUCACCCGCUACGGCCCGCACCGUCACAAACCCAAACCCAAAGUCCAAGCCCAACCACUGCCCGACCCGCCGCCAAGCCCAGCAGCCACCUAUCCCGGCGACACGAUGCGCAUCGACGUGACCGCCGACGAAAGGGUAGUCAGCGUCGAGCAAUUCGACUGCCCGCAAGAACGGAGUAAAGCAGAAGAACACAAAGCAGACAAUUGGGUCGAAGUGACUUCGGGCGACGGCGAGGCGGGGGAGGAGUUGUUCGAUGUGAUUGCGUUGGAUGAGGAGAGGGGAGGGAGCAAGACGCUGUUGAAGGAUUCGGAGGUGGAGAGGGUGAUGUUGGAGACGGAGAGGGAUGUGGAGGUGUUUGUGGAGAUGGUGAGGGCGCAGGGGAGGAGGUUGGGGAGGUUGGCGAGUAUGGUGGGGUUGGGGGGGUGGGUGAAAGGGAAGAAGGGGAGCGAGAAGGGAAGUGGAGAGGAAGAGGAGGUGAAGGGGAGGUGGGGCCCGUAG